AUGGCGCCCGCUCUCGCCACGCUCAUGGCACGCACUUCUCUCUUGGUCCCCAACCCGCCGACAGCGCCGUACACCGACCCGUACCUCACGGCCAACCUCGUCUGCCGCGUCGUCCUCGCCCUCUUUGCCAACGCCGUCUGCUGCGUGCCACUCCGGAAUCUGUGCCGCCAGGGUGAGCUCGCCCCAGUUGUCUUGAUCGGCACGGUCAUGGCCGCCAACUGCCUCACCGUCGUCAACGCCCUUGUCUGGCGCAACGACAAUGUGUACGAGUGGUGGGACGGUCGGGUGUGGUGCGAUCUGCACGCCUACCUCUACCAGCCUCUCAUGCCCCUCUACUGGCUCUCGGUCGUUGCCAUCACGCGCAACCUCGCGCAGCAGCUGGGCCUUUCGCGGGCUAGCCCCUUGUCCCGCCGCGAGAGGCGCAGGAAGACGCUCGUCGAAGCCCUGGUUGUGUUUCCGCUCCCGAUUCUACAAAUGGGCUUGCUGUAUCCGAUAUCCUCGCAGAGAUACAGGAUUGUCACCCUGACAGGUUGCAUGUGGACCGCCCAUCCGAGCUGGCCUUUUUUCGUCUUCUUUCUGCUCCCACGCCCGCUCGUGGUUCUCAUGUCAAGCUACUACGCCGUUCUUACAUGGAGGCGCUACAGUCUCAUCGCGCAGGCCACUCGCCCGGCGCUCAUGUCAAAUAGCUCUGCCACCUCGCGGGCAAGCCGGACACAGUGGCGGCUGUUCCUCGUCACGGCGUGCGUGCUCGUGCCCUAUAUGCCGUUGGAGCUCUACAUGACGGCCGCCCAGUUCAGGACAGACAUGCUCUCCCGUGGCUUCGACUUCCACAGGAUCCGGCAGCAGGUCGACGACCCCUUCCCGUGGGAUGCCAUACUGCUCCUGCCCAGCAGCAGCCUCAGUUUCCUCGAGCUCAACCACCAGUACCUGGCCAUCGCGACGGCCCUGCCCAUCUUCUACUUCUUCGGCAUGACGACUGACACGACGAGGACCUAUCGCCGGGUCAUGUGGGCGCUAGGCUUCGGCAGGGUCUUCCCACGUCUCCGCGAAGGGUCCGCAGCCUCGGGGCACACGGAGCAGCAGCCGGAAGCCCCGUGGCAAGAACAGAUAGUGUGCGUGGCUGCGCCCGCUUUGUGGCUCUGGACGUAA